ACAUUCCUUCCAAAUCCCUGUGUGGCUCAAAGAGAAAUCAGUCAUGGGGCUGCUGCUGCCUGUCCUUCUGAGCAUUCUUGCUGCUCUGAUGGGAGCGAUGUACCUCCUCGGGGUGUUUCGACAACGUAGACCAGGAGAGCCUCCUCUGGAUAAGGGGCUCAUCCCUUGGCUGGGUCAUGUGUUGGAGUUUCGCAGGAACUCAUUGAAGUUUCUGGAAAGAAUGAAGCAGAAGCAUGGUGAUGUUUUCACAGUACAGCUGGGAGGGUUUUACAUUACAUUCUUUCAAGACCCUCUGUCGUUUGGGGCGCUUGUGAAGGAGAGUCGAGAUAAACUGGACUUCAAUGAGUUUGCUGUGCAUCUGGUGCAAAGAGUUUUUGGCUACAAAGCGGAAAAGAGUGACCACACCGUUCUCCAGAUUUCCAGCAACAAGCACCUGAAAGGGGAUGGCCUGGAGGUAAUGACACAAGCUAUGAUGAGCAAUCUGCAGAACCUGAUGUUGCACACUAUGGGAUCAGCAACAGACCAAAAGACCUGGAUAGAAGACGGACUGUUUAUGUACAGCUACAAUAUUGUCUUUAGGGCUGGCUACUUGUCUCUUUAUGGUAACAGGCCACACAAGUCAGAAGGAAGUGAGGAAAAAGCUAAAGAGAAAGACAGAGUCGAAUCUGAAGCCCUAUUUUACGAGUUCCGUAAAUAUGACCAGCUAUUCCCCAACCUGGCUUAUGGGGUCCUGACACCGAGAGGAAGGAUGGAAGCAGAGAGGCUUCUGGGACACUUCUGGAACACUCUGUCAGUGCAGAAAAUGAAAAUCAAAGACAACAUCAGUCGCUGGGUGUGGGACACACAGCAGGCCAAAGAAGACUUGGGUGACAGUGAGAUGAUGAUAGACAGGUACAUGUUUGUGCUUCUGUGGGCCUCUCAGGGGAACACCGGGCCAUCCGCAUUCUGGCUGCUCCUCUACCUCAUGAAGCAUCCAGAGGCAAUGGCAGCAGUGAAGGAAGAGAUCAAUAAGGUUGUGAAGGAGUCUGGACAGGAAGUCACCCGUGGUGGUCCUCUACUCGACCUGACACGUGAGAUGCUUUUAAAAACACCAAUCCUAGACAGUGCUGUGGAAGAAACCCUGCGACUCACCGCUGCACCCCUUCUGACAAGAGCUGUGCUCCAGGAUAUGACCCUGAAGAUGGCCGACAGAUGCGAGUACUCUGUCCGCAAGGGAGACAGAGUUGCACUCUUCCCUUACAUUGCAGUUCACAUUGACCCAGAGAUCCACCCUGACCCACACUCAUUCAAGUAUGACCGCUUCCUGAAUCCAGACGGAUCCAAGAAAACAGAUUUUUACAAAGCAGGGAAGAAGGUGAAGUAUUACAACAUGCCCUGGGGUGCCGGGGUCUCCAUGUGCCCUGGACGUUUUUUUGCCACCAAUGAGCUGAAACAGUUUGUUUUCCUCAUGCUGGUCUAUUUUGAGUUUGAGCUCAAGAACCAGGAUGAGAAGAUACCGGAAAUUGAUUUCAGGCGGUGGGGUUUUGGAUCUAUGCAGCCUAUCGGAGACGUUCAGUUUCGAUACAGACUCAGAUAUUAAACCAAUCAUUACUAUGGUUUUGAAACUUUGAUCAUCUCUGCAAGCUUUAAUUUCACAAAAUCAUGUUUCUUUGGUAUUGGUUAAGUAUUUAUAGAAACGUUGAUUGUUAAACCUAUUUAACUGUAUGUUAGUUUAUUGGGACUUUCUAGUAACAAUGAAGUAUUAAUGAAAAAAACAAAGCUUGGGAAAAACCAUUAAAAAUCUUGAUAGAUUUACUACCACAAUUUUGAAGCACCUUGUUUGACUUCGCAAAGGCCAACAGUUUUCUGACUUGCUCGUCGUAAUUCUGUAAAUUUUAUUACAAUACAUGUCUUUUUUUUUUUUUUUUUACAAAGAAAUCCUUUUAUAAUUAGAAAAAAAGCCAUUACUUUGUUGGUUUUUCACAUGCAAUCCUGUUGGACACUCACCAUGACAGCUCUGUUUGUCUUACCUGAUUAUUUUAAAUAGCAUUAUCAGUUCUUGCUUACAUAACAUCCACUGUGCAUACAUUGCCAAAGGUUGUGAUUGCUCUGUGUAAUGAUGUCAAUUUGAUAACAGUAAUGGUUCAUGAAAAAUACCAUGACUUUGUGGGUAUUUAACAUGUGUUCCUGUUGGACUCUCACCAUGAUGGCUCCAUUUAUGUUACCUAAACGCAAGAGAGAGCAAGUGACAUCUUUGGUAUGUUUUGUCUCAUGCGUGCACAAUAUUUAAUCUGUGGAGAAAGCUAGCAAUCUCCAUUGUUUAGGACACAAGCAUAACUGGAAUGCCACUGGACUGGUUUCACUAGAAGUCAUUUGUUUUGUGUGCACAAGAAAUAACCAUAGCUUCUCAAUACUGUGAUCUCUUUAUUGUUACACAAUGUAAUUACUCUCUCAUUGGAAAUGUAUUUUAGUCAUUUUAAGUUACCCUCUAACCCUAUUUCUGACUCAACAUCCACUGAAUCGCUUCAUGUAUGUAUGGUGCUCUUUUAAUAAACUUGCUUUAUAUAAAAAAUACCUGUUGUAAUCUGAAAAAAAUCAUCUUGAAUCUAUUCAAAUAAAAUAGUGUAUUUUACCCUGUAAUUGUAUGUGAAUAAAACAGGUAAUUUUA